CCCCUCGGUUCUCCGCCGCCGCGUGUGGAUGUGAUGGUUCGUCCAGACCCUUAAAACUUUCUCAAGUCUGUGAAUUGUCCGCAGGAGAGUUGGACUGUUGCUCUGCGUGGGAGUUCCGAACCCUCCGAACAGAGAUGAGCAGUCCCGAUGCGGGUUACGCCAGCGACGAUCAGAACCAGGCAAGGUGCGCGAUGUCAGUCAUGAUGCCUGGGUUGGGACACUGUCAGUGGGCCGAACCCCUCAGUCCUCUCGGGGACCCCAAAGUGAAGAGCGAACCUUCGAGCUCCGGCGGGCAGAACCGAGGGAAGAGCGAGCCGAGGAUCCGCAGGCCCAUGAACGCUUUCAUGGUCUGGGCCAAGGAUGAGCGCAAGAGGCUCGCGCAGCAGAACCCGGACCUGCACAACGCGGAGCUCAGCAAAAUGUUGGGGAAGUCGUGGAAGAGUCUUCCGGUGUCGGAGAAGCAGCCGUUCGUGGAGGAGGCCGAGCGUCUGAGGGUCCAGCACAUGCAGGACCACCCCAACUACAAGUACCGGCCGCGCCGGCGGAAGCAGGUGAAGAGGAUUAAGAGGUUGGACCCCGGCUUCCUGGUCCACGGCGAUCACCAGGCGGCCUCCAUGUCCGGGGACGGCCGGGUGUGCGUGGACGGGCUGGGUCUGGGCUACCACGACUUCCAGCUGACCCCGCACCAGCAGCAGCCGCUGGCCCACUACCGAGACGGCCUGGGCGGAGCCUCCUACGAGCCGUACAGCCUCCCCACCCCCGACACCUCUCCUCUGGACGCUGUGGAGUCAGACUCCAUCUUCUUCCCGCCUCACUCUCAGGAUGACACGUGUCACAUGAUGCCCGGGUACUCCUACCACCCGACAGAGUACCAGCACCAGGACCUCCACGGCGGCCUGCACCGGCACCAGUCCUUGGCCGCAGAACCUCCUCCACCCGCCUACGUGGGCUGUGCCAACCCUUUGUCUAUGUACUACACACAACACUGCGGUCACCCGAAGCGGCACCCGGGCGGAGCGGGUCAGCUCUCCCCCCCGCCGGACUCCCACCCUGCGGACGGCGUGGAUCACAUGCACCCCUCCGAGCUGCUGACCGAGGUGGACCGCAGCGAGUUUGAGCAGUAUUUAACUUCCUCGUCGGCACGUGCGGACGUGUACCCGCCACACGACGCUGGCAUGCAAGGACCCGAAAGCCUCAUAUCAUCGGUUCUGUCAGACGCCAGCACAGCUGUGUACUACCACAGCUACAACAACUCCUAACCCCCCUCAAGGACACCGGCGCCCGCCCCUGUUGCUAAAUCUGAACAAAACUCUUUGUAUUCUGCUUUUCUUAAAACCACCUCUGUACUUGUCCAUUUUAGAGAGGAACAUUUGACUGAGUUUAAUCCGGAGGAGCGUUUUCACUUGAGAACAAAAGCAGCCUUCUGAUGGAUGUUUUUAGAUUAAAACUCAAAUGAGCUGAAUGAAAGUGUUGAGUUCAAAACAACCUGUCGUUCCCCAACUGUAACUAUAAUUCACCUAUUAAAAUAUGGAAAUAUUUUUGCUAAUUUGUCUUGAUCUAAUUCUAAGAAAGUCUAUUUUGGAAAAAAUAAUGAAGUUCAAAUGCAAGUUCUGAUUUUCUCUGACGGACUGGAUACCUGUCCAGUGUGUGUCCCGCCUCCUGCCCUGAGUAGCUGGGACAGCCUUCAAUGACAGCUGAGGACAAUAAAGGGCCCAUUUUGGAUUCAUUUUUCUUGAAAUAAUUGUUGGAAAUCAUUGACUUUUUUUUCUUACAAUUCUUCAACAACAUAGUAUUAAUAUCCUGGACUUUUUUCAUAAUAACAUUUCUCCUAUUUAAAAUUGUUAAUUGUCAUCAUUCUAAAUUCAUUUCAUACAUUUAGCAAACUUUUUUUAAUGAUUAAAAAAGGUUGUUUUUUUUAUUAUUUUUUAUUAUAAAAAUGAAAUAUUAUUUCUGUAAUAUAAUUGCAAAAAACGAGAUCACAAAAUCAUUAAAUCAUUUUAUUAAACAUGAUAUUUUUGUUUUUCAUUUUUCUUCUUUUUUUUCAAACAAAAAAUAAUGAGGAGUAACUUAAACAGAUUUAAAACCAAGAGAGAGACUUCAGUUUAAGGUCACUUGUAAGUCGUGAAAAACCUAUAGAACAUUUUUUGAAAAGUGUCAUUUUAUCCAGUCAAACCGAGUAUUUCAGUUGUUAUGUGACCUACACAGCGCUUAGCACGGAGCUAAAUGAGAAACAUUUUCGACCACAGGUUGCUCAGCUGUGGAAGGAAGUUUGUAGUCGUCUGUCAGUUUGAAAAAUACUUCAGUGGACACAUCGGCAAUCGGUGUCGUGUUUGGUGAAACAGUUUUUCAUUUUCCCCAAUGAUGUUUAGAAGAUGAGAUUUUUGUUUGGAAUAAAAGGAUCUUAUCGUUUGUGAAACAACUGAAGUUUGUUCUCAAGUGACACGCUGGCCAACAACAGGAGUAAAUAUUGUACAGUCAGCAUUUUGAAGCUUUUGUAUAC